GAUUCUUGGAGAAUUCUAUCAAGGCGCCAAUGGUCAAUUUCCAGGCAGCGGUGCCGCCAUCCCCCCCUCUGCGUCGGUUCUUCAAGCGCGUGGACACAGAGUUGGAGCUCAGCAGAGACGCAAUCCGCAUGUGUGCAAAGUAAGUCUCGGCGCGGACAAGCGACGCGUUCGCCUCGUUCAGCUACUUGAGAGUAUGUGGUACGAGGAUACUUGCCGUUCAGUUGGACUCGAUAUACUGGUCGAUGAACUCGAAACUCUGAUUGAGAAAGAUAAGUUCACAAAAGGGCUGCUCUCGCCCCAUGUUCUGGAAAGAUUUUCUGGUAUAUCGUCCCUGUCUCUGUGUCAACGGCAGUUACUUGGCUUUCAGCCGUGGGCCGCAAGCUUUGAGAUCACCAUGGCCCGUCAGAAAGACGAGCUGCUAGAGGACGUUCGUGAAACUCUCAAAGACUGGACACCGUUCACCAAGAUGAUCGACGCCGCCGGUUUGGCGGGCAUGGGGAAUCCGACGGACGGGCGAUUUUACUACCCCGUGGACAAGCGGCGCACGCGCGAGACUACCGCCGCGAUGCAGCAAGCAGAAGCCAAGCUGGACGCGUUCUGGAGACGAGUCGACACCAUCUAUACCGACAAAAACGGAUUGUUCCCGCACCCCGCGGUCCGCAAUCUGCUCUCCAACGAGCGCAUCCUCUCCAGGACCCCCGGCUGGGUGGACGACGGUCCCGCUCCGCCUACCCUUGGGACUUCCGAUACCGAAAAGGGGCAUCUCCCACUGUCACAAAUGCACUUCGAGCUCGAGCGGCGCACGCAGGAAAUUAUCCAACCAGACGGCGACAGCCUCGCCCACCGACCGAAGUCAAAACUUCGCGGGACCACACGUCUCCCACACGUCGCCGCUGUACUCGCCGAUGACGCACCAAGCCACGGCCCCAACGUGCAGCCCACCUUCGCCGUGGAUAAACGAGCUCUCAGGGUGUUUUCUACGGUGUUCUAUGCGCCCUGCCGCACUUCCCAACCCGGGGAGGUCGCCUGGACUGAUUUCCUGCACGCGAUGGCCUCCACGGGCUUCUCGGCGGAGAAGCUCUACGGAUCGGUCUGGCAAUUCACGCCCCGCGCGCUGGACAUCGAGCGAGGGAUUCAGUUCCACGAGCCACAUCCGCAGGGGAAGAUUCCGUUCCGGAUGGCGCGGCGGUAUGGGCGUCGUCUGAAUCGCGCGUACGGGUGGCAUGGGGGGAUGUUUCGGCUUGAGAACUAAUUGAUCUACUGGUCUUAUCAGUAAGAGGCCAACAUAUACCCAGAUGGAUGAAUGGCGAGUACCAAUGUUUGCACAGCA